AUGGUACAUCAACAAUUCACAGAACCAUCAAUAUGGGAAAGUCCCAAAUAUUAUACAGCAACAGAAGGUUUGGUCAAUCUAUUAUAUACAACUUAUAAUGGAGCAGAUAAAGGUACUGGUAUUUUAGUAUUAGUAGAUAGAGGUAAAAAUCUUUUAGGAGAUAUAUUACCACAAACUUUAAUAAAUUAUUUAAUUGGUUAUCAAAAUAAUUUAUUAGGUGAAUAUCCAAGACAAUCUGAUUUUGCACCAUCUAUAUUAUUUGCAGUUAUAUUUGCUUUAAUUACAAUAAUUUAUUGUAUUAUAUUUACAAUAAAUACUUAUAGAGGUCAUUAUUUUAUGUUAACUAUAUUUUGGGCUUUUACUACAUUAAUUAGAUGUAUGAGUUUUAUAUAUAGAGCAGCUUGGUCACAAAAUAUAGCAAAUGUUAGAUUAGGUAUAGCUGAUGAAAUUUUAUUAGUUAUACCUUCUGUUUUAUUAAUUAGUGCUAAUUUAAUUUUAGCUCAAAGAUUAUUUACUUGGAGACAUCCUGUUGGUGGUACAAGAAAAUUAUUUUGGAUUUUUAUGUUAUCACUUUAUGGUCUUGUUGCUAUAUUGUUAACUAUUGCUAUUGUUGCAUCUGCUAUUCCUUAUGAUUAUUUAUUAAGUGCAUCAAGGUAUGAUUUAUAUAAAAAUUUAAAUAAAUGGGUUUGUAUUAUGUUAAUUGCAUAUACAUUAACUGCUAUUGCUUUAAUUAUUUUAAGUUUUUGGUUACCAACAAAAAAGGAUGAAAGAAGAUAUACCUAUCAACCUUGGUGGAUUGAAUCUUUUGCACCUUUUUAUUUUGUUAAAAAGGGAGCUGCUCAAAAAGCAGAACAAACAUUUAUGAAAAGAAAUUCAAAUCAUAGACAUGCUACUAGAGUUAUUGCAGCUACUCAUCAUCAUUAUAAUAUGGUUGAAGGUUUAAGUAAUCAAAGAGGUGAUUUAAAACAUAAUGUUUCAUUAGUGAUUGUUAUAAUAACUACUGUUUGUGUAUUUAUAGCUGCUAUUUUAAGAUGUAUUGUUGUAUUUCAAGCAAGAAGACAAAAUGUAACUGGACCAGCAUCAUCACCAACUGCAAUGUAUUUUACAUGGGGAGUUUUUGAAUUUGUUUUACAUAUGGCUCAAAUUAUAGGUAGAGCAGAUUUAAGAUUUUAUAGACCAGAUAUAUUACCAGCUCAAGUUAGGGCUAUUAUUACAGCUGAACAAAGUCAUGUUGUUACUCCAUCACAUUCAGAUGAUGAAGAAGGAUUAACUGAUGAAGAAGGAGAAUAUGAUGAUGCUGAUUAUGAAGAUUAUAGUGACAAUGAUGAUGGAUUUGUUUAUCCAUCAUCUAAAGAACAUGAUACUGAUGAUGAUUUAUUUUUUGGUCCUAUUGAUCCAACCAAACAAAAUAAUCAAAAAUUAAAUAGUAUGAGUUCUGGAGAUUCUUAUAAUUUUAAUACUAAUCAACAUACUUAUAAUAAUACUCCUAAAAAUGGGUAUAAUAAUGAGAAAAAUAAUGAUACUGAAGAUGAAUUUCAAUUUUGA